CACCACCACACAGCCGACGAGUAGCUCCGCGCCCCCACUUCCACCCAGUGCACGCACACGCACACGCAGCCGCGGCCAGUCAGCUAGCAGCCGCAGUCAGCCCACCCCAUGUCCGCAAUGGCAACGGCGCCACCUUCCCCAGCCCCGCGCCUCGACUCCGUGCUCAGCUUCAGCGACGCCCCGGCCUCGCCGGCCCCGGCCGAGGCCGCCGCCACGCUCGCCUUCUCCGACGCCGGCAGCGGCAGCGACACCGACGCCGAGGACGACGCCGACUUCGAGUUCGCGUUCGCGCCGCCGCUGUCGCCGCGCGCCGGGGCCUACCCCGCGCUGGCGCCGGCCGACGACCUCUUCGCGCACGGCCGCAUCAUCGCGGCAUACCCGCUCUUUGACCGCCACCUCGUCAACGACGAGGCGUCGUCAUCGUUGUCGCCGCCGUCGGACCUACACCAGCAGGCGUCCACGGCGCCGCCGUCGCCGGACACGUACUGCGCGUGGGCGCCGCGGUCCGCGCCGGGGUCGCCGUCGCGGGAUUACCCCCCGCCGGCUGCGGCGGCGGCGGCGUUCCCCAAAUCGUCCUCCACCGGUGAGGCACGCCGCUUCUGGCGCCUGCGGGACCUCGUUUCCGGCGGCGGCGGCCGCUCCCACAGUGACGGCAAGGAGAAGUUCGUCUUCCUGCAACCCAGCUCCAGUCCCGCCACCAAGGCCGCGGCGGCGCCCCUGCAGAAGCAGGGGAAGAAGAAGACGAAGGGUAGCACCGGCAACGGCAAGGCCGCUGGGGCCACCGAGAUGGACAUGGCCACCGCGCACAGGCUCUUCUACGGCAAGCCUGCCGCCGCCGGCGCCGCCGCGCUCGCCAGCGACAGGACCAAGCAGCAGCAGCAGUCGUACCUACCCUACCGCCCCUCCAUCGUCGGCUUCUUCACCACCGCGCACGCGCUCGGCCGCUCGCACCACCCCUACUAGCUUAGCGUAGCUACCCGCCGCCGGCGAUCACCACCAAGCUGAUCUCCGAAGAAAAAGAAAAAAAGAUUCUUUCGUUCAUAGUAAAUACUACAGUUCCUGCUAGCAGCUAUGGUUAAUUCCAUAUUUCCGUCCAAUUUGUUCAUCAGCUGUUCUUUUUUCGCCGUGCAUUCCAAUCCUGUGAAUACAAAAAAAAGAAAGAAAGAAAAGAAUUGCGCGCCAUUGUUGACUCUGAAUUCGUCGUAUAUUACAAUAUA